AUGGUGUUAUUUUAUGAAACCACUCAUGAAUAUAAUCAUGACUUCCAAACAGCUAGUUUGGCUUAUUUCAAUAGGUAUCCCAACCCAUAUGCUAAACAUGUUUUAAGUACUGAUACUAUCGAACAAUAUAUUGAUAAAGAUGGAUGUUUAAGAGUUACUAGACUUGUUGUAAAAAGAGGAAGAUUACCCCAAUUUAUUAAACCAUUCUUAGGAUCAAAUCUUGACUCAUGGAUUAUUGAGAAAUCAGUUACUAAUCCUAAAUCCAAUACACUUCUCACCUAUAGUGCCAAUGUUGAUCAUAGGAAAUUCAUAAAGGUUGAAGAAUACUUGAAAUACUCGUCUUCGGAAGGAAGUAAAACUUUGGUAGAAGGGAAAGUUAAGUUUUCAUCAAAUUUAAUUGGAUUCAAACAAAGAAUUGAAGAAUGGAGUCAUAGAAGAUUUUCAUCCAAUAUUAAUAAUACAAGAGAGGGCUUAAAAUAUGUUAUGAAUAGGUUACAACAAGCCAAAGGUUGGAAAGUUGAAAAUAGCUAA